CAGCUCCAAUUGAUUCUGUUGUGCCUGCAUCUGCUGGGCAGUCAGGAGGAGACAUCAGUCCUACAUGAGAAUGUCAUACCUGGGCAUCUGCUAUUCCUUCCCUGCAUCCAGAACAGUGGAGUCACAGCUACCGAGCGUUUGACUAGAGUGUUGCUCCAGGGAAGCUAAGACAGGUGAAUGAUUCCUCGGCUGCCCCUCAUCCAUCAUCCAUCCUCUGUGAAACCUUCUGCAGAAAACGGUUCAUUUCUAGUUACAAGGACCAUCUUGCCAUCUGUCGCGUCAUCCCCGGAUAUUCUGAGAGAUGGACCCAAGUAAACAAGGUACUCUUAAUAGAGUUGAGAAUUCUGUCUAUAGAACAGCCUUCAAAUUACGAUCUGUGCAAACUCUUUGCCAAUUGGACUUGAUGGACAGCUUCCUGAUUCAGCAGGUUCUAUGGCGUGGACGUUCUGGGGAGAGCACAGAGACCUCCAUUUCUGUGCAGCAGCUUUUUCAGGAGCUCCGGGAGCUGUUUCAGCGCACUGGGAUGGGAAAUGCAGCCCAAGUGCACCCAAGAGCACCGGAGCUCACCCUGAGUCUUCUCAUGGCCAUGUUUGACAGAACAGGAUCAGGUAUUCUUAAACGUCAACCUGUGGCUGCUGCACUGGUUGCCCUCUCGGGGGACAGCCCUCUUACAAAGUACAGAGCUUUUUUCCAGCUCUAUGCGGAAAAGAACAGGAGAGGCGAUGAUUCCCAAGCCCGCAUGACCCGAAGAGUUUUGAGAGCCUUACUAACAGAUCUACAGCAGAUCCCGACUGUCGUGGGAGAGAGCUACACGUUGCGUCCCGUGGAAAGUGCUAUCCACAGCUGCUUCCGAGGGGUGUUGAGCUCUGGAAUCAAGGAAGAGAAAUUUCUGUCUUGGGCACAGUCUGAGCCUCUGGUCCUCUUGUGGCUCCCAACUUGCUACCGCCUGUCAGCCGCGGAAACAGUCACUCACCCUGUGCGGUGCAGUGUCUGCAGAACCUUCCCGAUCAUAGGACUGAGAUACCAUUGUCUAAAGUGCCUGGACUUUGACAUCUGUGAGCUGUGUUUCUUAUCUGGUCUCCACAAAAAUUCCCACGAGAAGUCACACACUGUGAUGGAGGAAUGUGUCCAGAUGUCAGCAACAGAGAAUACAAAACUCCUCUUCAGGAGUCUCAGAAACAACCUGCCUCAGAAACGCCAGAGGGUAGGAGCUGUGGGGAGACAGUGGCUGCUGGACCAGCUGGCUUCAAGGGACUCAGCUAGCCACGGGCCAGCCAGGCUUUGCCUUCAGUAUAAAUGUCCUAAAGCCCCAGGGUAUGCAAGCUCAAGAAGAGCAGUGGAAACAGCAGCCACCGGAGUCCUGUGUCAAAGGCCAUCGCCUGCUCUGCAAGGGAAUCACAACCGGCAUGGCCAGACCAUAGUCAACAUUAAGAAUGAGCUGUGGAGGACUCGUGACUCUCUCAACACUCUGCUCAGGGAAAGAAGGCUCCUUAGGAAACAGUUACAUAGGUACAAGCAGAAAUUGCAAGGCACAUAUGCCUUACAGGAAGAACAGAACUGCAGAUUUGAAACAAAGAUUCGGGAGCUCACAACCAACCAAGAUAACCUAUGGACCAAGCUACAGCAGAUGAGACGAGACCUACAGGCAAUGUUGCAGCCACUCCAUCCUUCUUCUUCUCCUCAAACCACAGCAUCCAAGAUUUUCCAUUCUUUACCAGAUGAUGGCAUACGGAGAGGAGGUGACUCUUCCCACAUCAAGAGGGUCACUAGGGAUGGUCCAGAAUGGGAACUGCUUCCUAACUCUGCCAAGGUGGACAGAAAGCACAAAUGUCAAGCAAGUUCAGGGAAAGCUCUACCAGACUCUGAACCACAAGAGAUCAUUUUGCAAAGCACUAGGAAACAAAAUCACCCACAAAAGAUGCUGAGCAAAGUCCAUAGUUCCCCAUCUGCUCACCAGCAGGACACUCUCCAGAUUCCUCCUACUGAAGUAAAGAUCCCUGCUCAAACACUUUCAGCAGGGAAAGAGAUGGAGAGCUGCAGUGAAAAGAGGAACAACCUGGAAGAUGAGGAGCUACAAGCACUGUUGCCCCGACUCCUGGAUGCCUUUGACCUAGACUCGCCAACAGGUCUGCAGCCUUUGAUGGACAUGGAGCUGUAUGGUAGAGCCCAGCAGGUGUGCAGGGCCUUCUCUGUCCUUGUGGAUCAAAUCACCUUGCCCACUUGGAGUGAAGAAGAAUCCAGACUCAAAGGCCCCUUGGUGUGAUGGCAAAACCUUUUUCAGAAUCUAAAUUUUAAAGAAGUAAGCCUUCAUCGUAUCUCUAAAGGGUUGAAGUGGAGGGUACGAACUUAUGUUUUGGUUAUUUUCUUUAACUUCCCUUCUCAGCUAUCUUAGUUCCUUUAUAUUGAAUAAAACUUUGAGGGUGAAGA